CCGUGAUUACAGGCAGCUGUAGCCACGUUUGGCCGUAGUUGCGGUCAGAUACAUUUACGAAAGUGCUAGUGUCGAUAGAGUGCCGUCGUGCUAGUUUUGGAUGAAGGUGGUAGAAUGCCGGAUUACAAACACUCCACUCCACUCCACUCCACUCCACACAGGAUGAUGACCAUGGGGUAUUCUUGCUCAGAGUUCGAGUAUUUAACGCUGAUUUUGAUCGGAUUUUUAAACUGUAAUCAUUCUGAUCAGUUAUUGUAGUUACGCCGAACUUUCGUCGCAACUUUCUACGGUGUUUAUCCAGGCAGAUGCACUGUAUAUUGGUAGAGUUGCUUUUUGUCAUCUCAACGACCACCUCUUUCUCUUUGAUACGUAGUUCUUAAGAAAUAAGUAAUAAUCGAAAUGAUGCCUUGAUAGCUUAUGCAAGUAGAUUGAUGGAACGGCUUGUCGAUUGAUCUAUUGAUUGAUUCAUCGAUUACUUGAUCGAUUGAUUGAUUAAUCUCUUACUUGAUCGAUCGAUUGAUUGAUUAAUCUAUUACAUGAUUGGUUGAUUGGUUGAUUGGUUGAUUGGUUGAUUGGUUGAUUAAUUGAUCAAAUGAUCCAUCGAUUGAUUGAUUGAUUGAUUGAUUGAUUGAUUGAUUGAUUGAUUGAUUGAUUGAUAGUUGAUGACGAAAGACGUUGGUGCCGUCUGUCUGUCUAUGUAUCAAUUGGUUCCUGCCACAGCUGCUUCCGGUCUGUAAGGGGAGAGAAAGUGGGAGUUGGGCUGAUUUUAUUUGAGCGGCGGCGAUAUCGAAAGCCUCUGAUUUCGGGUAAGGGGGGAAUUGGAAGAAGAACGAGAGAGAGAGAGAGAGAGAGAGAGAGAGAGAGAGAGAGAGAGAGAGAGAGGAGAAGGGACAGGGGAAGUGUUAGAGCAGAAGAAGGGGAAAAGGGAAAAGGAAACGGAAGAGAAGUGGGGCGAUCAGUAGUGGAAAACGAGAGAGGGGAAGGAAAGGGAGAGGGUGGAGAGAGAGCGGCUGGAAGAGGAGUGUCGCGGAGGAGCGCGUCAAAAAAAAAGAAAAAAGCGAAGGAAGAGAGGUCAACUGGACAAUAGCGACGAGAUUUGCAUGUUCCGAUAGAGCUUGCAGGAAAAAAAAAACAACAACAACCUUGAUUAAAGGUGGAGAAAAGGAGAAAAAAGUAGAAUAGCAGAAGAAGAGAGAAGAAGAAGAAGAAGAGAGAAGAGAAGAAGAAGAGAGAAGAAGGAGAAUAAGAAUAAGAAUAAUAAUAAGAAGCAGAAGAACGAAAAGGGGAGGGAGAGGAGAGGGACAACGAGAACGAGAGAGAAGCCGAAGACGAAACCACAAGGAGUGCCUGGAGUGGGAAGUAGGAGCAUUAGCAGAAACAGCAGAAACAAAAGUCUUCUAAGUUCUUCUAAGUUCUUCUAAGUUCUUCUAAGUUCUUCUUAGUUCUUCUAAGUUCUUCUUAGCAUGAGCGUAAUUUAAGAACUUAGAAGAAGAAGAAGAAGAAGAAGAAGAAGAAGAAGAAGAAGAAACAAAAGACAAAAAAGUCUUAAAAGGCAAACGAUCAACUUGUUUGAUGAGCAGUAUGGCGUUUGUAAGACAAGCUUGUCCUCCUCCACAACCUCAUCAUCCUCAUCGUCAUCAUCAUCCUCAUCAUCGUCAUCCUCAUCCUCAUCCGCAUCCGCAUCCUCAUCAUGAUCUCGGUCAGAUUCACGACAAUAACCGCCAUAGCCGCUGCGUUCGUGCUCGUUCGUCUCUCUCAGCGAUGUCGUUCUUCUCCUCUCCCGUUGCUGGUGUUCCGCUGCCGUUCGUUCAUCUUCUCCUCGUCCUUCUGCUCGUCUUUCAUCUGCGCGGGGAGCUCUUUUCUUCUUCUUCUUCUUCUUUUUCUUCUUAUUCCUCUUCUUCUUCGUCUUCUACCACCAUCUCCACUACCUCAACAUCGACCACGACACUUCACGUUCCCCGCCGUCGAUCUCUCUCUCUCUUUGUCGAGGGCAUUGCCACCGACCCUCUUGCUGACCAUGGCCCUGUCGAGCUUGAAGAGCGUAAUCGCUCAAUUACCCUUCGCAAUGGACUCGUUAACAUUACAAUCCAACUGCCAUUUGGAUUCAUCACCUCUAUUCAAUAUGCCGGCAUCGAUAACAUCCUAUUCACUGAUCAGACAAUCCCUUGGGGUGGGGUAGGGGUAAAUAACAGCACGAAUGGCAGCAGCAGCAGCACUUCUUCUUCUUAUUCGAACGGCGAUGGCGGCGCCCCUCCGCCGUCAGAUCUAGGCGAUUCCACCGCCGACGGUCUGGAUGACAGUUUUCAACCCGGUGAUCUAUUCGACAGCGUUCAUGAUUCUCUCCCCUGUUAUGAUGGUGAUUACUGCUACGAUCCGACGGUCUCCUCUACCUAUUACGCGGCGGAGAAUGCGAGCUCUCAAGCGGAGCUCACGCGCAAUCACGGGGAGCCGAGCAAGCGCGCGGCUUGGGACAUGACGUGGGCAAGAGAGAAGAUAGAUGACAGAGGACUAUAUGAUAUCCAACAGAAUCGAUUUCAGCGGCUUUUUGGCACUAAUUAUAGUGUUAUUUAUCCUCCCCCAUCCGUUUCUUCUUAUUCCGAUUUCUCUAUUUACUCCUCUGACCACAAUUCUUCUUCCUCUUCUUCCUUCUCUAAUACGACAAAUAGUACUAAUGCUGGUAGCGGGAGCAGAUUUCUUCGCUCCGCAGAUCGAAUAGAGAUCAGUUUCUUGUCCACGUUCAAUGCUUCCAUUUACGGAAACGGUAGCGCCGUUAACGCUAGUCAAGAAACCCGACGGCGCGCUCGGGACGCGCCGAUCAAUUUCGAUAUCCGUUACGUUAUGGAGAGUGGUAAGGCUGGAAUUUACACUUAUCUGAUCCUGGACCACACAUCGGACCAGGAUCAUCUCUUGCUCGUCGAGCUGCGCAUGGUUGUCCGCCUGCGUCCCGAUCUCUUCCGCUAUGCGGCCAUCGACGAGAACCGAUUUCGAGUUAUGCCCUCCUCCUUGGACAUGCAAGAUGAGCGCAGCCGGAUCCUAUGGAUCGUUGAAACGCGAUUGCUCACCAAUCCAAUCAAUCCCGCGCUGCUUAAUGAGGUAGAUCAUAAGUAUCAUUACUCGAUGGACAGCAAGGAUACGUCGGUGAUAGGUUGGGUGUCGAAGGGGGGGCAAGCGGGGGGGGCAGGGGGGGGGGGGGGGGGGGGGAAUGGGAAGAGCAACGACAUAGGGGUGUGGUGGGUCACCCCCCAUCGGACUGAAUGGAUGGGGGGGGGGCCCAUGAAACAAGAUCUGACGGUGCACACGGGUCCUAGCAUGCUGCUCAUGCUGCAUUCGCUGCACUAUGGAACACGACCAAUCAGCAUAGAGAAGGGGGAGGGUUGGAAGAAGGUGUAUGGGCCGUGUUUGCUGUACUUCAACCAGGGGGGAGCGGGAGGGGGAGUGGGAAGGGAGGACAGCAGCUCGGCGGACGAGCUGUGGAACGAGGCGGUCGCGCAGGCCGUCGUGGAGAAUGCCACGUGGCCGUACACGUGGGUCAGCGAGGGGGAUGCCUACCCGUCGCCGUCGGGACGCGGGUCGGUGAUGGGACGGCUUGUGGUCAUGGAUCCUUACGAGCCGUCGUUGUCGGGAUCCGGAGCGUGGAUUGGAGUCAUCGACAGCGGAAGUGCGCAGGCGGGAGAUUUUCAAAACGAGUACAAAGGGUAAGUGGUGAUAGCUUGCUUGUCCCGUGUUUUUUUUUUUUUUUUUAAUUUUAUAUAUAUAUAUAUAUAUUCAGCCUCCUGAUGAGUCGGUGAAACUCCGACGAAACAGUUUGCCACAGCCCCUCGUUUGUUGUCCUCUUCUCUCUCUCUGCCUACGGUUUACCGGGCAGUUCUGUUUGUGACGAUAUAUAUAUAUAUAUAUCGAUAUAUAUCGUCACAUAUUUUGGUGAGCAUUUCUCGAGUUGGGCUGUGUGGUUGGCGUAAUCUGCAGGACAUCUUCUGUUCAAUUGUUGGCAUGAGAAAGGGGGGUGGGUGGCAUUGCCACACCACUCUCGAAAUGUGCAAAAUGAAAAUGAACUUCCCGC